CGUCGGAAGCACCAGGAACUACAAGCCAUGCAGAUGGAGUUACAGAGCCCAGAAUAUAAACUAAGCAAACUGCGUACCUCCACUAUUAUGACAGACUAUAAUCCCAACUACUGCUUUGCAGGAAAGACCACAUCCAUUAGCGACCUCAAAGAGGUGCCUCGCAAAAACAUCUCCCUCAUCCGGGGUUUGGGCCACGGAGCCUUUGGUGAGGUAUAUGAAGGUCAGGUGGCAGGGAUCCCCAGCGACCCCACUCCCUUGCAGGUGGCUGUGAAAACAUUGCCAGAAGUGUGUUCGGAGCAAGAUGAGCUGGACUUCCUCAUGGAAGCUCUCAUUAUUAGCAAGUUCAAUCAUCAGAAUAUUGUGCGCUGUAUUGGAGUGAGCUUGCAGGCACUGCCCCGUUUCAUCCUGCUAGAGCUUAUGGCUGGAGGUGACCUGAAAUCGUUCCUGAGAGAGACACGGCCUAGACCGAAUCAGCCUUCCUCCCUCUCCAUGCUGGACUUGCUCCAUGUGGCUCAUGACAUUGCUUGUGGGUGUCAGUACCUGGAGGAGAACCACUUCAUUCACAGGGAUAUUGCUGCCAGGAACUGCCUCCUUACCUGUCGAGGGCCUGGAAGAGUGGCUAAAAUCGGAGACUUUGGCAUGGCCCGGGAUAUAUACAGAGCCAGCUACUAUCGAAAGGGUGGGUGUGCAAUGUUGCCUGUCAAAUGGAUGCCUCCCGAGGCUUUCAUGGAAGGGAUAUUUACAUCAAAAACAGACACAUGGUCCUUUGGUGUACUGCUCUGGGAGAUAUUCUCUUUGGGAUACAUGCCCUACCCUAGCAAAAGUAACCAAGAGGUUCUGGAAUUUGUAACCAACGGAGGAAGGAUGGAUCCACCUAAAAACUGCCCUGGCCCUGUGUAUCGCAUUAUGACCCAGUGCUGGCAGCACCAGCCUGAAGACAGGCCAAACUUUGCCAUAAUACUGGAGAGGAUCGAGUACUGCACUCAGGAUCCAGAUGUCAUCAACACUGCUUUGCCAGUAGAAUAUGGCCCAUCAGUUGAAGAGGAAGAGAAGGUAGCGAUACACCCAGAAGACCCAGAAGGAAUUCCUCCUCUCUUGGUUUCUGCACACCAAGACAGAAAAGAUGACAAGCAAACUCUGCCAUCUCCACCACCCCUGCCAUCAGCCAUCACUGCUGGAAAAGCUCUAGGGAAAGUGGGAGCCUUGGAACCGCCAGUCCCUGGGAAGGUGCAGUCAGCUUCAGCUGGGGGACAUAUCAACAUGGCCUACACCCAGUCCAACCCCCCUUCUGAGCUACACAAAGGCCGGGGCUCCAGAAACAAGCCCACCAACCUCUGGAAUCCAACCUAUGGUUCCUGGUUUGCGGAGAAGCAGGCCAGCAGAAACAAUCCUCUGCUCGAGAAAGAGACGCCUGAGAGGGAGAAUUUGGGACAUGAAGGAAACUGUACUGUGGGGCCCAACAUUGUGACUGGCAGGCUACCAGGCUCCUCCCUGCUAUUAGAGCCAUCUUCCCUAACAGCAAGUGUUAAAGAAGUGCCUCUCUUUAGGCUCCGUCACUUCCCCUGUGGGAAUGUCAACUAUGGAUACCAACAGCAGGGCUUACCUUUGGAAGCAUCCACGCCACCUUGUGCUAACAGUUACGAGGACCCCACCCUUAGAAACAAGAGCCACAUAACCCAGCAUGGGCCUUGA